AUGACUAUGCUGAAACUAGGCUUCCUCUCCAGCACCUGGCACAACACUUCCAAAGGAAUGUUUGCCGGCUCAUGCAUCGGCGUCAUCCUCCUCGUCCUCUCACUCGAGUUCCUUCGCCGCGCCGGCAAAGAGUACGACCGCUACAUCCUCUCCCAACACACUCGUUCUCUCGCACACGCGAGCCCAGAUCCGAGCCCCUCUUCUUCCGACGCCAUGAACAAGAACACCGCGAGCGCUAUCACCCGCACGGUUCCUCCGCGAUCGUUCCGACCCAACGUCCUGCAACAGGGUAUUCGUGCUUUGCUACACAUGCUGCAGUUUGCAGUCGCGUACUUCGUCAUGUUGCUGGCCAUGUACUACAACGGAUACAUCAUCAUUUGCAUCUUCAUCGGAGCGUUUCUCGGAUACUUUGUCUUCGGUUGGGAGUCGUUCAACGUGUCGCAGGGUAGCAGAGAUCGGAUGCAGGAGGAGGUGACGGUGUGCUGCGGCUAG